AUGGAUCAACAAGUCCCUCUCAACUACGAGGCUUCGGCCGGUGAGACCAACAAGCAAGUAACGGCCACUCUUCCCCAAGAGGUCGUGCAAUGCUUGGAGAAUGCGCGAUUCCUUCACCUGGCAACAUGUACCGAUAACACUCCGAAUGUCUCCCUCAUGAACUACACCUACCUCCCGUCCUCCGACCAUUCGGCCGGCCCUGUUAUUGUCAUGACGACAAACCCCGCCUCUAGAAAAACGCAGAAUCUUCUUUCGAACCCCAAUGUGUCCCUGUUGGUCCACGAUUGGUCUUCUCAUCGACCACCAACUUCAGGCCGACGACCCUCCGGCGGCAGCCCCGGUCCAGAGCACCGCUCUAGCCUCGCAUCCCUUCUUUUGAACCUCAACACGGCGGCCGUCUCUAGCAUUAGUGCUACAAUCAAUGGCACUGCGAGAUUGGUUGACAAUGGCUCGGACGAGGAGAAGUUUUACCGCGAGGCGCACCUGGAAAACAACACAUUUGACGAAAGCCAGAGCUUCAACCCAAGCGUUCAGGCUGAGGACGGUGGCAGGGGAUGCUUUGUCGCGGGUGAGGAGGUGCGAGUCAUUGUGGUCAAGAUCAAAGACGUCAGAAUUAGUGAUUGGAAGGGGGCAGUACGGGAUUACGUGCUGACAGAGGAGACUGCUGCUCCCCAGCUCAAUGGCGUACGGUAG